UCUUUGUAGGUAACUUAUUACAAGAGUUUGCGGGCGGAGUCGGUUACGGUGAGAGAUCAAUUGUGUGGGGUACAAUAGGGAGAGCCGGGUACGACGCUGUCCUUUACUAUUCUGUACAGGGGACAGUUUGGGAAUCUGGUACCUAAGCCCAUUAGAGCACAUUAAUUGAAAAGGGAAAUUAAAAAGCAAAAAAUAUGUCGGCAAAUAAAGAUGGAGACGGAGGAUGGAAGAGCUUUCUGUGGAAUUCGGAGAGGAAGGAAUUUCUAGGACGCACGGGUGGCAGUUGGUUUAAAAUCUUGUUGUUCUACCUGAUCUUCUAUGGAUGCUUGGCUGGGAUUUUCAUUGGGACCAUCCAGGCCCUGCUGCUAACCCUUAGUAACUAUAAACCCACCUACCAGGACAGAGUCGCCCCACCAGGUCUGUCACACACCCCACGCUCUGAAAAGUUUGAGAUCUCUUACGAUAUCAACAAUGUGGAGACGUAUCUGAAGUACACCAAGAGCAUCAAGGAGUUCCUGGAGAUGUACAAUGAGGAGAAGCAGAGUGACCAGAUGAAGUACGAAAACUGUGGAGAAUUACCUGCUACGUACCUGAACCGUGGCGAGCUGGAGAGCGACGUUGGAGUGAGGAAGGCCUGCAGGUUCCACCGGACCUGGCUGGGACCCUGCUCUGGUCUGGAUGGUCAGGAUGAAACCUUCGGCUUCAAGGACGGGAAACCCUGCCUGAUCGCCAAGCUCAACAGGAUCGUCAACUUCAGACCAAGGCCUCCAACCAACAAUGCCUCCGUCCCUGAAGCCGGCCAGAUCAGAGUCCAGCCCAACGUAAUCCCCAUCCACUGUCAGAACAAGAGAGAGGAGGACGCUAGCAUGAUUGGUGAGAUCAAGUACUAUGGCAUGGGCAUGGGGUUCCCCCUCCAGUACUACCCCUACUACGGCAAGCUGCUGCACCCCCAGUACCUGCAGCCCCUGGUGGCCAUCCAGUUCACCAACCUCACCUUCAACCAGGAGCUGCGUCUCGAGUGCAAAGUAUACGGAGCCAACAUCGACUACAGCGAGAAAGAUCGCUACCAAGGACGCUUUGACGUUAAGUUCACUAUCACCAAUUUAUGACCUCAGCUAUGAAAAAAUAGCACUUUUCUCUGCCCCCCCUAUUUCAAAACAAGUUGAUUUGGAGAAAUAAAGGAGAAGAAGAAGAAAGAAAAAAAAGAGUUCAAUUGAAACACGACUAGUCUUGGAACAAACUUUCAUAAUAUACGGGACCUACACUUAAUCUGUGUGCUUUAAACUGGCUUUUCUGCAUCAUGUCUAGGGUUAAAAUGUACAUUACACUGGCUUUUCUGCAUCAUGUCUAGGGUUAGAAUGUACAUUACACUGGCUUUUCUGCAUCAUGUCUAGGGUUAGAAUGUACAUUACACUGGCUUUUCUGCAUCAUGUCUAGGGUUAGAAUGUACAUUACAGGAAGAGUAGCAAUAGCAAAAUAUUUAUUCUACUGUAAAUGAGAAUAGUCCUUGAGCCAUGGGGACAUGUUCAUCUAUUACUGUAAAUAGCAAUUCCACUACUGAGAUGUAGCGAGCGGUGUUUCAGUGUGUCCCCUAAGUAUUCUGCCUAAUGUGGUUUUCUAGAUAUUUUUGGAAUGUCCAGUGCAGUAGCGGCAUAGCGGUCCUUUCCAAGCCAUGUUUGUAAUUUCCGUUGUCUUAUGUCAGUAAGCUUUAGUGGUCCAAGGUGUGCGUAUUUAAGUGUUGUGUUUCUGUGUUGUGUGUUUUUUGUGUUAAUGUGAGCGUGUUAAUGUACUCUUACUAACUGAAAAUACUGGCAUGGUAUGCUCUGAUCUCUCUCUAGGUCUGAUCUCUCUCUAGGUCUGUGUGUGUGACUGAUCUCUCUCUAGGACUGAGUGAUCGCUCUCUAGGUCUGAUCUCUCUCUAGGUCCGUGUGUGAGUGAUCUCUCUCUCUAGGUCUGAUCUCUCUCUAGGUCUGUGUGAGUGAUCGCUCUCUAGGUCUGAUCUCUCUCUAGGUCUGUGUGUGAGUGAUCUCUCUCUCUAGGUCUGAUCUCUCUCUAGGUCUGUGUGUGAGUGAUCUCGCUCUCUAGGUCUGAUCUCUCUCUAGGUCCGUGUGUGAGUGAUCUCUCUCUCUAGGUCUGAUCUCUCUCUAGGUCCGUGUGUGAGUGAUCUCUCUCUCUAGGUCUGAUCUCUCUCUAGGUCCGUGUGUGAGUGAUCUCUCUCUCUAGGUCUGAUCUCUCUCUAGGUCCGUGUGUGAGUGAUCUCUCUCUCUAGGUCUGAUCUCUCUCUAGGUCCGUGUGUGAGUGAUCUCUCUCUCUAGGUCCGUGUGUGAGUGAUCUCUCUCUCUAGGUCUGAUCUCUCUCUAGGUCUGUGUGAGUGAUCUCUCUCUAGGAAUGUCAGUAAAUGGCUGCACACCCUGGAAUGCUUUCCCUUCAUGUAUUUUUCAGUUGAUUGUGAGAAUAUUUCUUCUACAUUUCAAUCACCUUUAAUAUGGGACAGAGGGUUUAAUGACAUUUCUGUUUGAUGCUUCUCGUCCUCCUCUCUCUGUAGUCUAGAGCUAGCUGUGCUCUGUGUCCAGCGGCAGGCAGGGGAGACUAGCUGCCUUCCUCCUUCAUGGAAACACUGACAGCAACUCAGUGCUUUUAAAACAAACUAUUUUGAUUUUUUUUGCUGGAGACGUCACAUGUGGUGUAACUUUCUAAUGAAUGUUUUAGCCAUUUUCAUGGUGGAAGAAUUUUAUAUUUAUGCAAGUUGUAAAAAAAUAAAUACAGGAAAAGGUCUAAUGUAUGAAUCCAAUGCCAAAGUCGCUGGUCAAAGGUUAGAAUAUCAGAAGCAAUGCAGUACCCCAUGUAAUAGGAUGUUUUGUUGGUGUAAAAGUGAUUAAAUGUUGAACAUCCAAACACAUUUUAUUGAAUCAAGGUAAGACCUAAAGACAAAUAAAUUGAGAAAUGUA